UUGAAUUCAGGAUUUCAUUUUCAUUUUGGUUAUGUUUGUUUUCCUUUUCAUGCAAUAGAAGUGUUUAAAAUUUUCACGAAAAAUUCCAACAAAAAAUGGUAAAUUUUUGUUUUGGAACCGUGGCCUGCCAAUGCUGACCCAAACCCUGUUUAACGAUUUUCUUUCUGACCAAACAGAGCUUUUUCUCUCAAUCUAGCGGUCCUGAUUUUUGCCAUGUGCGUUUCAAAGGAAGAAGUGCGGCCCAAAGGACCUAACAGUUAUCUUCACUGCAAAGCGACGACGUUUCGUGUGGUUUUCGCCACAAGAAAACUCAGAAACGAACUCCCACAGACAUCGAUCAUUCCGCAUACCCGCCAAUUCACACCUUCGCUCUCUGCAUUCUCUUCUAAAUAUCUCUCUCUCUCUCUGGCUGCUUUCUUUCUCUAGAAAUGUCGACCUGCGUCUGCUGCUCUACACCUGCAAUUUUGGGCAAAUCCAAAGAAGGAGUUUCAAACGGCGUCGUAUUGAAGCCUCCUGGUUCUAUUUCGUCUUCGAGAUCCAUGAAUUCUAGGGUUUUUGGUGUUCGAGCUUCAAUGGUGGAUUCCUACGAGAGCUCAUCCAAUUUCGCUAAACGCAUGGAACAAGCUUGGUUGAUCUCUCAGCAACCGAGGCCAGUUUCUUGUACUUCCUGUGAAACAAAGGGUCAUGUUGAAUGCAAAUGGUGUGGAGGCACAGGCUUCUUUAUUCUUGGUAAUAACAUGCUCUGCCAAGUCCCUUCCCGGAACACUAGUUGUGUUAUUUGUGCUGGAAAGGGGUCAACCUGCUGUUCUGAUUGCAAAGGAACCGGCUUUCGUGCUAUGUGGCUGGGAGAGCCUCCUGUAUCCAAGUAGUGACCAUUGCCAUAAGGAUACUAAGGCCAUAAGAAAACUUACAGAGCUACAGCCAUUGAUGUUCUUUUUCCUGAUUUCAGUCGUGAAGUUCACAUCACACGACUUGACAACUUGUAUUGUUUCUGUAUUUAAACAAAUCAUACCAUGAGACCAUCAAAGGUUAGACUACAGAAGAAUAUACCAUUGUUUCAACAA